AUGAUGGAUUUAGUACUCGAUGACGAUGACGAGGUUGUCGAGACAGCAGAGCAAGAUUUACAGGAAUGGGCUAUAGAGCCCUUCUUAGCGAUCUUCGACAAAAUAGAGUCUCCCUCAAGCCGCGAGCCAGUCACUCUUCAGGAAUAUCUGACUCCCGAAACAUAUCGUUAUAUCCUCUGCGGUUCCGAUGGGCGCCUGGAACCAUUCUUGGAUUAUAACGUCCCAGAAGAGUCAAUGUCCGAUGGUCUCAACCUUAACGAGGUUAAACUCUCCCCAAGUUUGCUAUCCUUCUGCCCUAGGCAGAUUGAAAUUCAGUCUACCAACUUGGACUCGGGGAACAAAAGAAGUGUACUGCGGGAAAUCAAUAUCUACAGAAGGAUGGAAGAAUCAUUUGAAUCUAGAGAUAUGAUGAACAUGUCUCGUUUAUACGGUGUGGUUCAGGACAAUUUAAAUGGUACCCUCAUUGGACUCCUACUUUCUUGGAUUGACUGCGAUAACACCACUUUGGAGUGUGCUUUGACUCCUGACACACCUUUGGAUUUGCGGGGAAAAUGGGAGAUGCAAGUGACAACUGCAUUGUCUCAUCUGCACAAGGCUGGAAUAAUUUGGGGCGACGCCAAAGCUGCAAAUGUUCUGAUUGAUACGAAUUAUGACGCCUGGAUCAUCGAUUUUGGAGGUAGAUACACCCAAGGAUGGGUUGAUGAACAUCGAAUGGAGACAAUUGAUGGUGAUCAAGAGGAUCUUUCUAAAAUUAAAGAGCUCCUCUGGGGAGAAACCUUGCCAAGGAAACGAGCCAUGGAGGACGAGAGUGAGGCACACGAGGCCAGAAAGAACAGCACAAGAUUUGGAUUGACCACAUGGUUUCUUAUUUCAAAAGGUUAUAAUCAAUGA